UUCCCCACCACAGCACCGCUGCAUUCAUCCAGGAGUUACAAAAGGGAAGCAAAUAACUCUGCUCGAUUCAGUUCCAGCGUUACGUGAUCCUUCUUCUUCUUCCAUCCGUUCUUGAGAUCCCUGGGAGCUAGCAGCCUGAGCGAGAAUGGUGGGCGGCGGCGUCUCGGACGUGUACGGCGAGGACAGGGCCACCGAGGAGCAGCUCAUCACGCCAUGGUCAUUCUCCGUCGCCAGCGGGCACUCGCUGCUGAGGGACCCCCGGCACAACAAGGGGCUGGCCUUCUCGGAGAAGGAGCGCGACGCGCACUACCUGCGGGGCCUCCUCCCGCCGGCGAUCUUCUCCCAGGAACACCAGGAGAAGAAGAUCAUGCACAACCUACGCCAGUACACCGUGCCGCUACAGCGCUACAUCGCCAUGAUGGACCUCCAGGAGAGGAACGAGAGGCUCUUCUACAAGCUCCUCAUCGACAACGUUGAGGAGCUGCUCCCCGUCGUCUACACGCCCGUGGUCGGAGAGGCGUGCCAGAAGUACGGCAGCAUCUACCGGCGCCCGCAGGGGCUCUACAUCAGCCUCAAGGACAAGGGCAAGGUCCUUGAGGUGCUCAAGAACUGGCCUGAGAGGAGCAUCCAGGUCAUCGUCGUCACCGAUGGCGAGCGCAUUCUGGGGCUCGGAGAUCUGGGUUGCCAGGGAAUGGGGAUUCCUGUUGGCAAGCUGUCCCUCUACACCGCCCUCGGAGGAGUCCGUCCAUCUGCUUGCCUGCCAAUCACGAUUGAUGUCGGCACCAACAACCAGACACUGCUCGAUGACGAGUACUACAUCGGGCUCAAGCAACGCCGUGCUACUGGCGAGGAAUACCAUGAGCUUCUGCAGGAGUUCAUGACUGCUGUCAAGCAGAACUACGGUGAGAAGGUCCUUGUUCAGUUCGAGGACUUUGCCAACCACAAUGCUUUCGACCUACUCGCCAAGUACAGCAAGAGCCAUCUCGUCUUCAAUGACGAUAUCCAGGGCACGGCAUCAGUUGUCCUGGCAGGUCUCUUGGCGGCGCUGAAGGUGAUCGGCGGAGGCCUCGCAGACCAGACUUACCUCUUCCUUGGUGCUGGAGAGGCCGGCACUGGCAUUGCAGAGCUUAUUGCUCUUGAGAUGUCGAAACAUACGGAACUCCCAAUCGAUGACUGCCGCAAGAAGAUCUGGCUGGUGGACUCUAAGGGACUGCUGGUGGAGUCGAGAAAAGAGUCUCUCCAGCACUUCAAGAAGCCAUUCGCUCACGAGCAUGAGCCCCUGACGACCCUGCUGGAGGCCGUCCAGUCCAUUAAGCCAACCGUGCUGAUCGGAACCUCGGGCGUCGGGAAGACCUUCACCCAGGAGGUGGUCGAAGCCAUGGCCUCCUUCAACGAGAAACCUGUCAUCUUCUCGCUGUCGAACCCGACGUCGCACUCGGAGUGCACGGCGGAGGAGGCCUACACCUGGACCAAGGGCACGGCGGUGUUCGCGUCCGGGAGCCCCUUCGACCCCGUGGAGUACGAGGGAAAGACGUACGUGCCCGGGCAGUCGAACAACGCCUACGUGUUCCCGGGGUUCGGCCUCGGAGUCGUCAUCUCCGGCGCCAUCCGCGUCCACGACGACAUGCUCCUCGCCGCGUCGGAGGCGCUGGCGGAGCAGGUGAGCCAGGAGAACUUCGACAAGGGCCUCAUCUUCCCGCCCUUCACCAACAUCCGCAAGAUCUCCGCCGAGAUCGCCGCCAGGGUCGCCGCCAAGGCGUACGACCUCGGCCUGGCCAGCAGGCUGCCGCGGCCGGACGACCUGGUCAAGUACGCCGAGAGCUGCAUGUACACCCCGCUCUACCGCAGCUACCGGUAAGACGGAGUUUUACAAUGCUGCAGGGACCGGGUCCGCCAAUAAAAACCAAUCAAAUCCCGGCUCAAAGCUUCAGUGGCGAUGCUAAAAGGAUACUACGUAUAGAGCUGUUUUGUGUACCCGUAUUUGCGCCUAUGUAUACUCUUUGUACUGAUGUUUUACUUUAAGUUACUGUAUUGUGAUGUUUACGGGAGCCAGCACGCACCUGUCUAUCUAUGUGGAGGUGCUUGUCGUCGUCGA